UCCGUAACUCUGUCCGUCUGCCCAUACCCCUUUCUCCGACCAGUCAUGAGCAACCCCGGAAUCGCUCACAUAUGGUCAACUAUCAAGAAGAGGAAGAUGGCCGAUCCCUCAUAUACUUUCUUAAAGUAUGCCACUGCCCACAGGGACCAGCUGAAAUUUAUCUUGAAAACGGAAAUCAGCAACCUCGGUCUCAAGUCGUUCUUGGAGUAUCACGACUAUACAGACCCUUCGUCUAA